AUGAGUGAAUCGGAAAAGCAGACGCAUAAUCAGCAAAAGAAGAAAUUCGAAGGGCCCAAGAGAGAAGCCAUCGUAGAUUUGUCGAAAUAUCAAGAUGAAAAGAUCCGCGUCAAGCUGAUGGGUGGGAGACUUGUAACAGGAAUUCUGAAAGGGUACGACCAACUGAUGAACUUAGUUCUGGACGAAACGGUUGAAUACAUGAGAGACGAGGAAGACGAUACUAUCAUAUUGAAAGAAAAAACCCGGAAUUUAGGCCUUGUUGUCAUUAGAGGUACCAUGCUUCUGACACUAAGUCCUUUAAGCGGUGCAGAAAUCAUAAGCAAUCCUUAUGAGCCAUACGAUAAUGAGGAGGGUUUUUAA